AUAGCCCUGGCAUUGACGAGAGGACAGGUCCAGGCGUCUAGGCCACCGUAGUCUCUUGUGUAUUGUCGUGCGUCAAAACAUAUCUGGUUCUACUUAUAUCCGGAGCGUUCAACCAUAUGGGAAUUUACAAGUACACGAAAGAGGCCGUUAACGUCUGUCGAUACGAGCGACAAGUGGCGGGCUUCGUUCAAAUAAAAUACAUAAAAAAUAAACGGAAAGAAGAAUGCCUGUGGAUACUUGGAACUUGCAUAAUUAUACAUAUAUCCAACUUCAGCUGUGACAUAGUAUCACUGUAUAUGACAUACGAGCGAUUUGAGAAUAAUCCAGGAUAACACGUAUAUUCAAAAGUCAUCCUGAACAUGUUCUAAAGACAAUUUUCUGUACUAUUGGGCGAUUUGAUCACGACUUUCGGACACCACAAAUCAUCUGGGAUUACUACGAGCCAAAGAUAUUAAGCAGCCCGCCACCCCUCACCGCCAUUGCCUAGGAAAGGAACGGCAACCCUGGAAAGUUAUUACAACGAAAAACUUCGACUUGAAAAUAUGAAUACACAUUCGAAGACGUUAACAAGAAAGUGAAUAAUCAACUCGAAAAUUCUGUACAAUCAUGUGUAAACGAUGAGCAUCUCGCCCUAAAUGAGGGAGCAAUGAAAUCGUAAAGUAAUCGCGUAAAUAUUACCAUUGACUGUACAUUAAAAUCAACCAUGAAAUAAGUACACCAUUUAAACCGUACGCAAAUAAUAACGUAUAAAUAAUGGUGUAAAUUAAAAAGUGAUACUAAUUAAUUAACAUAAAAAGGAAGUUUAGUUUUGUCAAAAUGUCCGAAACCGAAGCUAAGUCGGCGUCACCAGUGCCACCGUCUACGAACACUUUGCCGACGGUGCAGACGCCUGUUGUUCAGAUCGCAUGCCGAAUGCUACGUUCACCGAGUCACGAGAGCGUUACUACCGAUUUGUCGUUAUUUAGCGUUUCCUCGAUCACAAGUGACGUGAAAAGUGGAAACCGAUUAGUUGCCUUUAAAUCUUACAGUGAUAUGCAACUAGCAGGUCGUGGACCAUCCCCCAAUCCGGAUAAUCGUCAGAUUCAAGGCAAUAGGUCAGCUGACAUUCCGGAAAUACUGUGGUUCGAGGAGGAAACAGAACUGAUCCGCAGCUGCGGCGCUCUGUCUUCUGCAUUGGGACUGCAAAAGAGUUUCAGUACCAGUGACGUGUCUCAAUUACCAAGUCCAGACGCCUCUGGGCCUCGAGGUCUCCGAUCAGCUGUUUCAGCACUAGCCCUAGAUUGCGCUCAUAGGAAUGGUCUUCUUCUGGAACAGGCAAGACUAGAUCACGCCUCGAGAUCCUGUAGUACCUGGGUUGCAGUGGGGGAUAUCGCCAGUACUUCUCAAUUACCUAGUCCUCAUGGUGGUGCUACUCAACAACCACUAGUGACACCACAUCCACCACCGAUUCCCUUUACCGCCGCCGACCUGGUCAGAUCAGUCAACAAGAAGGUUCGGCAGAAUUACAUUCGUCGAAGAUUGCUGACCACGUACAGAGCACUCGAACGCCUAUCCCAGAGUGAAUUCAAUCUGGACAGACUUGAAGCGGCAGCGUCAGCAGCACAAACGAGUCCAGGAACGACUCUGGCAGUACCUGGAGCACCACCUACUUCCGGUUCCUCGGUUUCUGGUCGAAAGGGAAGAAAUCUUCCUCUAACGGUUAGAGACGUCGAGAGAGAACGGGGAAAACAGUUAUCUAAAUACGAAAGGAACAUGAUGAUCUUUAAUUGGCUUCAUACUCUGGACGACACGGCCGUCGACAGUCUUCAGUAAAACAUCGCCUCAGGAUCCUGAUGGAGAUCCGAUGGAACUAGUUCUCGUUUCCUGUGAAAAUUGAAGAAGAAAAAACAGCAGAGAUAUAGCGAAGCACGAGGGCUUCAGAGUCUCCGUCUAAUUUCCACUGUUUAGAUAAUGCACAAUUCAACAACGGAAGCUUUCGCGUCGCAGAUCCUUCGUAAACACCAUAUCGUCUUAUCGGAGUUACAUAGAAUUACAUUUUAUACCUGUUACAACUCUUCAAGAUUUCCAUUAGCCUGAUAUUCACCUAUAAACAAAGAGACCACUAGAUAAAUGAAAGAAUUUUAUUGAACGCUCAAUGAGUACCGCGACAUUUUCUUUCUUCUUUAAUAUAAGCUCCAACAAAGCUUCAAUCAUUUAUCGUGUCACGGAAUGGCCAUCGUCGUUUUUCCUCAAGAUAUCAACUUUCAUGGAUAAAACCGGUCUCGUACUGUUCCUUCAUAAUAGAAAGCUUAAUUAUAAAUUUAAAAAAUCAGCAACCGAGAAGAUAAAGGCAUUAAUUUUCAAUUAGAAGAAAUUUCCAAUCACAUCGACAAUAAACAUAGUUGACGAGUAAAAGGGGGAGUAACGGCGCGAGCUACAGGAAAGUAGGCUCUAUUAACUGAGUGUACAACCAUCAGCUACAGGAAGUCAUUGAAUCAUUAUUUAUCAUUAAUAUUAGUCGAAGAUUACGCAUAGAAGGUUUUUGUGCUUCGUACAUGUAAAUAUAUUCAGAUCUAGAUGAAUCUAGGUUAUUAAAUGGUGGCUGGUAGUCCCACGUUUUUCCACGAUUAAAUCGUAUUUUUAAGCUGAGAUCUCGUACAUGUCCGUUAGUGCGAAUGCAUCAUGUAUACAUGUAUGUACCGAGUGUGAAUGCGUAACAGUGCACCCGUGUAAAAGUCUCCAAUUUAUCUAAAUGAUCGUGAGAAACCUUUUGCCAGCCUCGUCCCAAACGGAAAUGGAGUGUGCCAAGUAUAAUAUCAAGUGUAUAAUUCUUAUCAGAGAACUUGCACCAUAGAUCGUUACGUUUAUCGUGAAAUUUGUUUACGAUAAAGUUUUAUAAGUACAGAUUAUAUUUGUAUUAUCAGUACGCGUACCUCAUCUUAGAGCGAGUCAGUUAUCUUUUAUUCGUAACAGAGUUCUACAGCACCGGUCUACACGUACAGGCUUCAAAGAUGCGUAUUACGUACGAAUGAUAACGAGUGAGCAAUUUCCGAUUAGGUGUUCAUUGUUCGUACCUUAGAUGAUGUACUCGAGAUAGCUAUACACUAUAUAGAUAUAAUAUAUAUUAAUUAACACUUUAGAGAAUUAUUUAAAGAAAAAUCAAUGUUUGGAGGUGCUAAGAAUUGAUACGAAUUAAGUUCGUCUGAUUUUAAAACAGAUUGAGAGGCAUCCGUCCCUUCUCGUCCAGUGACAUUAAAAUAUAUCUUUCCAUUGAGCAUAUCCAAUCUCUUUUUAAGUAACGUAUAAGUGACAUUGUUACAUAAGUUACGCGUUGCAAAGCGUACAAUUAUGUCUGCGCAUAUAUCUUACUCCAGAGAUGACAAAAUAUUGAAAAAAAUUACGGCAUUAUUCAGGUUGUUGGUAAAAAAAAUUGUAACUUGUCUCUGAUAUAAUUAUUUAUACUUUUUUCACUUCGACAUGAAGCUUAUUGACGAGAAUAAUUUAAAAAAUGAAAAUCUUACGUGGACUCAUCUACGACAGAGAAAUGGUGUCUCGGGGAUCUUUUGGUAAUUUUCUUAGAUCCUUAUUCAAUUCACGUAUCUUCCUACAGAUAAUGAUUCUAACGUAAAUAAAGAAAAAAAUAGGAUUUUAAAGGAUUACUGAACUUUGUACUUUGUUACGGCACAUUGACACUUUUGUGAACGCGUUUAGCACCCAUCUGUAAUAUAUCGAUGUUACCAUGCGAUUGUUAUUAAUUCUUUGCAAUCCUCAAGACACCCUGUAUACAUGUUAAUUAUUGUAUAAAACAUAACAUUCAAAUCGUAAUGCGUGUUCCUAUCAGAGCCUUAAAUGUUAAUGCGUAAACGAUUAACAAUUUAAUAAUUGAUAUAGGUACAGCUAUCACAGUUUGUUUCAAUAACAAUACUUCCGUGUUGUUAUUGAUACAUGAAAAUCAUCGUUACAAGAUAAUUGAAUUAUUGGACUACCGUGUUAACCUUAAAGUUUUUCAAACUGAAUAAAAGACACAAGUAGUUUUCUUAUUUUUAAUAUUUUUUUUUUUCAUUUCAGUAUUACAAUCACGGACAUCAAUACUUACAACUCUUUGUUAACGGAUACCUUACAUUAGCAGUUAAGUCCUAAUAAAAAAUACAGAGGAUA